GCAUCGGUGAACCCCAGAUUGCGUGGGACUGGAUCGAGCAGACUGCCCGAGUGUUGGAAGAUCUCAAUGUACCCAUGGACAAUUAUCCCAGACUGGCUUCUCAAUUGCUUCGAAAGGAAGCCUACGAGUGGUGGAAGAGGACGGAUGAGAGUGCAGGAACCCCUAAGCCGUGGACAUGGGCACAUUUCGAAUGGGCAUUCAAGCAAGAAUAUAUUCCGAAAUGAUUUAGCAAGGAAAGACGUAAGGAAUUUGUUGAACUGGAACAUGGAGACAUGACACUCCCUGAAUAUCGUCAGAAGUUUACCAAACUCGCAAAGUUUGCACCAACCUUAGUAAAUACCCCAACCGAUCGCAUUGAGGAGUUCAGGAAGAAACUUCGACCUGACCUCAGGUCACGUGUAUCCGUUCUAACCACUGUGGAUUUCGCGGAGGCCUACGAUCUCAUUUCCAGGGCAGACAGCGACUUGAGUGCUUGCAUUGAGUAUCUGAAGACAAAUAAUGUCAGCUCAAGCACUCACCGUUCCACCGGCUCUACCUCAAAAGGGAAAAGGCCCUUUCAAAAACCUAGCAAUUCACAUUUCUCUAAAAAGGGAAAAUCUGUACAAACUCAGUCGAUGGCAUCCGUUGAUAAGUCCAAAAAGCGGAGGUAUCCAGCUUGCGAGCACUGUGGAAGGAAUCACCCUGGAGAAUGCUGGCUUAAGCAAGGGUUGUGUCUCGGCUGUGGAAAACCAGGACACUUUCGAAAAGAGUGCCCUACAAACCCCGGUGAACCGUAUCCACCUGCCCCUGUUGUUAGUCAAGCAGCAUCGGCACGACCCGCACGAAGUCAACGCUCAACAGCGGGGUCUAAUCCAGCCAAGAAUCAGAACCAACAACAAGGACGAGCUCCUGCUCGUACAUAUGCAAUGAAAGCACGAAUUGAGGAGAACCCUGACGUCAUCCAGG